GCUCACAAAUGGGCAACGAAAAAUAAGUUAAAGCAAUUGAAAGCCUUUCAAAAGUGCCACAAAAAGAAAAGAACUUCGCGACCUAUGUUGCAAUACGCGUUGCAUUAGCGGUGCAGCAGAGAAUUGAUUGAUUGCGGCGCAUGCCGAAGAAGAGGGAGGAUAUUCAAAAGAAAACGCAAAACGAGUAAAAAUUGAGACUUUUGCGUUGCGGUGCAGAAAAGGCAGCGACAACAAUAACAACGAGCAGCAGCCGCAGCAGAAGCAGAAACAACAACAAAAAAGCAUUAGCAUCGCCAGCAAGAAGUGCACGUUAACGGGAGUUGGUUUCGUUAUUUCAGUUGUUGUUGUUGUUAAGGAGAAUUUUUAAAACAAAAAGAGGAAAGAAGAGCAGUCAUCGGAAUGGCCGAACCCGAAAGACAGAGCCUUAUUAACAAUGAGCAAUCGACGAUGUACACGUUUCCCCCAGCUGUGGUGGAGGGCUCCGAGAAUCCGGGCAGCAGCUCAGCCGCUGCUGCACCCAACAACGAGGAUGGCAAUGCAGCCCUAUCGAUGGUGCCAUUUAUUGGACCCGACGAAUUGCCGCCACCCUAUCAGCAGAGCGGUGGAGCUGGAGGCGUUCCGAUGGUCACCUGUCGGGUAUGUCAGAAUAUGAUUGACAUAACUACGAAGCGGGAGCAACAUGUGGUCAAAUGCACUCACUGCAAUGAGGCUACGCCCAUAAGAAACGCUCCGCCUGGCAAGAAGUAUGUGAGAUGCCCUUGCAAUUGUUUGUUAAUUUGCAAGAGCUCGUCACAACGCAUCGCUUGUCCACGUCCCAAUUGCAAGCGCAUUAUUAAUCUGGCUCCUAGUCCAGUUACCCCGCCCGUGCCCACCAUGCCGGGCAUGUGUCGUGUAACUUGUGGACAUUGCUCGGACACGUUUUUGUUUAACACAUUUCACAAUGCAUUGGCACGUUGUCCACACUGCAGGAAAGUCUCAUCGGUGGGCUCACGGUUCGCCAACAGCCGUGGUGUUAUGUUUGCCAUUGUGGCUCUGCUCUUCCUGGUGACCGCCAUUGGUGUCACAGUUGGAACAUACACGUAUGCACAGAGAAAUGGCGGCAUGUAUAUCCUUUAUAUUGCUUUAUUUGUGGUGGCGGCUAGCAUGUUGGCGCGUUCCGUUUACUAUUUCCGCCUUAAAGUAAGCGCCAUUGAUGGCCCUAUAUAAGAGGAACAAGUCGCUGGUCGGUGCGACAUCAUCUGAAUACGGAAGUGCAUUGUUUUUUUUUAUUUUUAAAAUAUAUAUAUACAUACAUAUAUAUAUAUAUUUAUAUAUUAUGCAUAUAUAUCAUUCCUUUUGAUAUUAAACAUAAAUGGUAAAGUAAAGAGAAAACAGCAAAACAGAAACAAAACAAAAACACAAAACAGGAAAAACAUAGAAAACAACAGCAACAAAUUGCAAAGAAAACAAGCAACAAAAAACAAAAAAAAUGAACACUUCUAAACACCGCAAAAUGGAAUGGAAAAAUAAGUUUAUAUCCCGUUACCAAUUAAACAACAACUCCCCUCACAUCUCUUCCCCUAUUCAAAAGUGAUUUCUAAAAGCAUAUUUAAGACUAAAUUAUAAACCAAACAAAAAGUAAAAAUAUUAUAUACUUAAAGAGAAACAUGCAGCUAGAUCCGAAUUCAAGCGACAACACAAAACAAAAAUUGAAGAAAAAAAAAUACCUGAAACUUAGUUUUGCACAACCAACGCCUACACACACUCUCACACACACACACACACAAACAAACACUCACUAGGACACAACCACUUUAUAUAAGAUGAAUUUUUUAAACUUUGCGCUGUUUUUGUUUUCUCUAUCUCUUUUUUAACUCUUAUAUUAUCAUUAUCACAUUUAUUUUGUAAAAAUUGUGUUCUGUAUUGUGUCUUUUUUUUUCUUCUCCCACUAAUUUGUAUUUGUCCAUAAAUCAUAAAUACUUUUUCUAUAUAUAUAUUUAUUCUUUGGAACUCAAAUCAAAAUCAAAGUUAUAGCAUAUAAAAAAAUAAUACCAACACUAUUAUAUACACUACCUAUACUCGUAUUGGGCUUUCCAUUUCGAUUAGUUGCCUCUUCUGCUAAGAAUUUAUCCAAUGCACUUUUUUUCUCUCAAUUAACGCCAUUGCAACAUAUAUAAACAAAGCAUGCAACAUACAUACAUACGAGUACAUAGAAAAACAAGAAACAAACAGACAAACAAACAAACAACAAAUGCUGGCGUUAGACGUACGUAAAAUUCGAAAGGGUAUGCUAAUACAUAGUGCUAAUACUAAAAAGUACAUAAAAACAAAUUAAAAUUUUAUGCAUAAUUUAAUAUAAUUAACUAAAUGUCUGGAUGAACAAAGAACAUGCAACUGGCUAAAUGGCUAAUGGCAGCAUUAACAACAAUAUUUAGGCAGCAAAUCUGCAGAAUCGUAUAAAUUGAGCGAUCUUUAUAUAUAUCUAUAUAUAUAUAUAUGAAUGGAAGGAACGGUUUACUUUUGAAAUAUAUAUAUAUAUAUAUGUAUACAACCAUUUAUAUUUAGUACAUUAUAUUAGCAUACAUACACUGUAAAUAAAAUAAAAAGGAAAUAAAAAAGACAAAAAAAAAA